UAUGUUCCAUGCAAGGCUGCUGGGAAAAUGUUGUCAGUACGGAAGGAUUAUAAAGUGAGGAAGAUGGAUUAAGUUAAGUCACAAAGAGCAACAGGAGCAGAACUGAUAGAAGUAGCUGUCCCAAAGUGUUUAGAUUUCAGUUGACCUGACUGACAGUAGCACAUUAUUAUUAUCUGAUAGCAAACGUCACUGAAUACAACAUGGCUGCGGCUAAUGAAGAUAUGGACAAGAUAAAAAAGGUGGUUAAAGCCGCAUUGCAAACUGUAGCUGCCAUUUCCUCUGCAGCUUCUGUGAUCAAUCCUCUCUUUGGACUUGCAGGAUCCUUGAUUAAAGUAGUACUGGUCAACAUGGAUGACGAGGAUGUGAAAAUCCUUAAACAGCAGUUCAAAACUGUGGGGGAUGACCUGGAUCGAAUUUCAGAACAGAACAGAAAUACACUUCUGGAAAUCAGGAAAGGCACAGUGGACAGCCAGUACUUUAAACUUGAGGAAAACAUUAAGAACCAGUAUCGGAUGUACAUGGAGGUUGUGGAAGCAAGUCCCGCUGCCAAAGAAUGCAAAAAGAAAGAGUUUUUGAAAAGCUACAGCAAUGACAAUGGCGAUCAGAACCUUCAUACUUUGUAUGAUGGUGUGAUGGGAAAGUCCAAGCUGUUUAGCAGGCCAAUCCUAGAGGUCUACAUGCAGUACUCACAAAAGGACAAGAAAGUAAUGGAGAAGCUAUGUGAGCGUCUCAACCACCUCUUCUAUAUUGGGCUUAUUGCCCUGAUGGGCUUUUCAGCUCUCAUCCAGGAUGAUGAGGAACAAAUUGAUGAAGACUGGCAUGAAAGAAUGAAUAAUGUUCAGAAAAAAAUGGCCGAGGUACUGAGUUCUUGUAACUAGGCAUUAGCAAGAAAAAACUAAAAAAAAAAAAAAUAAAAUAUUUUAAAGCAUAAGCAUGGCAACCCAUAAUGAAAAACUAGAUAUUCAAAUGAAGUAUAACAUUAUGCUACCUUAAAAUAUGAAAUUUCAGAGAAAAGUUACAAUACUUUUUUAGCAGUUUCAGGCACUACAAGUAAUUGGCUACAGAUGUUUAGCAAAAUGUAAAUAAAGUGAAAAGAUACUUUUAUUACUACCAAGAGAGCCCAAGAUUGAAGUGCAGUGAUUUGCUCCAUUUCAAUGUAAACAGUUAUUCUUUUAUGGCACGAGCAAUACAGUCAUAGCCGGCCUUAGGCAUAGGCCAACUAAGAGGCCGCCUAGGGCACCGCUUUAGUGGGGGCACUUUACCAGUAUUUAUUUGGUGUAGGUAGACCAGGAUGUGGGCACUGGGUGGUGUGGUGGGGGGUGCUGUUGUGCCCUUUGCCUAGGGCACCAGUUGACCUAAGGCCGCUCCUGAAUACAGUGGCACAUUGGUUAAGAGCUCUACCUUUAAGCUUCAGGACUCAAUCCUGACCUCAUGUUACUGUUGUGUAGGCUGCAUGUCUUCCCCCCCACCCCCACCCCAUGUCUGCAUGGCUUUUUUGCAGUUAGUCCAGUUUCCUUCCACUGCCACAAAAUAUGCAGCUGACAAUAUGUGCUGCCUGUACUCCUGCCAUUUUGGCCUGGGUAAUGACUGGAAUGGUUAAAGAUGAGCCAAUUUACAUACCAGGUUAAUAAAUUAAAUUACAACAGAAAGCAAUGUAUACAAUCACAGGUUUCGUCUUUAUAGCCACUCACUCACUGUAUGCUUUUUAAAAACAUGCAACUCAAAGUUGCUAAAUUGUAUUGUAUAAUAACUGCAGCCAAACAUUGGCUAGAAGUACAUACAUCACAACAGCAGUUAUUACACAAGUCGAAUGUUUCCAAUAAAUGUUGCAGUAUCUCUGGUAAGUGAUAUUCCUGUUUGUGGAAUUUUUAAAUGUUUGUGUACGCAAACUCUUGUCAGAUGUUCCAUGAAAUCUUUGACCUAGUCAUGGCCAUGACAUAGUAAGGUGCUAACUACAUUACUAUACACCAAAAGUUGUACUGUAUUGUUUAAUUUUUCUUGAAAGUCCGCACACUCUCUUGUUGAGUGUGAGGUUUAUUUUUAACUUUCUUGAAAAAUUUUGAUGUGGGUGUAUAUGCAUACAUUCUUUAGGUAUUGCUGAGCAAAACAUACUGGGCAUUUGCAUCUGGCACUUGGAUCAUAAUCAGUAACAUCCUGUAUUUCUUAAAUGAUAGCACCACUUUUAAAAACUAGAUAUAUGUAAUCAAGCAGUUUAUAUAUGUAAUCAAAUGUCAUAUCAUAAUCAUGUAAUAUGUUCGUAUUUUUUCUCCAUAUCUUCACAUAUUCCUAAAAGCUACAUUGUCUCAUUUGCAAAAGUAUAACACAGCAGAUGCUAUAAACAGAACUCUCUUCUCUAUAAUGAUGUUACGUACUGCAUUCUUCUUUACUGACUGCACUGAUGUGAUUUUUUUUUUCUGAGUAGCAGCACCAUACUUACCUGAAAUGGCAAUUAGGUGUGCAUCUACCUUGUAUAAUUUGAAGUAUCACUUCAUUUCUCAGGUAUGUGCUUUGAUUUAGCACAAAUAAACAAAUGUAAUCAACAUAUCAGAAAUGAA